CUGACGCGUUUUUGGUGACCUUCAAUUUGGCAACUACCACCAUGGCCGACAAUCAGAAUUCGUCGUUUCCGACAUCGUUCGGCAAUAUGUCCGACGUACAGCUGGGGCAGACGAUAAAUCAGCUGUCGUCGGCUGCCCGGACGUAUGCACCGACGCCGCAACUGCCACAAACGGUCUCAAAAGCAUAUGUGAAGAAUCUUCAUGCGUGGACGACGACAGCGACACCCCCUCCAAAAAAUGCUGCGACCGGCGCCAGAAGUACACGGGCGAGAGGAGCGAACCGGUCGACAAACCUCACCAAUACACCAACACCAACGACGACAUAUACACCACAGAUAGUCUAUCAACAAGCCACUCCUCAGCCGCCAGUACAGCCAGUAGUGAUACAAGCUCCACCGCCGCCAAACCCGCCCAGGUCAAUACUACCGACUACACCGCAAGCCUUGGUAUCUACCUAUUCUUCGCGGCUAAAGACAGGUGCAACGCUACUAAUGCAGCCUAUACUUGCCUCGUCUUCAUCCAACGCGGCUUCAACAAGUACAAGAGCUGCCACACGACGCGGCGGUGUAGUCAACUAUGCCGACCCAGGUUCCGGCGACGACCUUCCUGACGCUGGUGCGCUCGAUUCCGACGACUCUGAUUUUGUAGCGAGCGGAGGAACGAGGACAGCGAUCCGACAACAGGGUAGCUCCACCAGGGCACGCAUGAGUGCUGGGAUGUCUGUGUUCAAUUCAACAACAGGCGUCACUACUACACGCCAGCAAUCGACGCCACCACCCCCUCCACCGCCACUACCCGAAAAGACAGAGCUCGACCAGAGUUAUCUAGGUCAGGUUCCGCCUUCUCGGUUCAUAACAGCCCGCCCUUUCUAUCCUACUCCCCAUACGUACGCGUCUCCAGACAUCCUAGCCGCUCACUCAGAAAGACGUUCAUCUUUGGUGCCUAUACGUGUUGAAUUUGAGACAGAGACGCACCGAAUACGAGAUUGCUUUGUGUGGAAUCUUUACGAGAAUAUCGUCAGACCAGAGACUUUCGCAAAGACUUUUUGUAAUGAUCUUGAUCUACCGAUCGUCCCCUGGGCUGAAACGGUGGCAAAUCAAAUAAAAGCUCAGCUGGAAGACCAUGAGGGUAUCGCUUCGAUGGAUUUGGGUAUUGAUGGAGCAGUGAAUGGCGAAGAAGAUGGCCGUGAGGAAGUCGCAGAAUGUCGGGUUAUUCUCAGCAUCGAUGUGCAGAUUGCCACACACCACCUUUUGGACCACAUAGAGUGGGACCUCCUUUCACCGCUAACGCCUGAAGCGUUUUCUACUCAGCUCUGUGCAGACCUCGGAUUGGCCGGAGAAGCCUAUGUCAUUGACAAGUCUGGGGUCGUGAAGGACAAGACAGGGUUAAACAUUGGAUGGGGCGGUAACCGACCAAAGGGCCUGCAGAGUGUAUGGCGGGACUGGGCUGAUGCGCAGGAGUUUGCUACUAGGUUUGAGGAAUUGUCGGCAGAGGAAGUGGAGAGAAGGGAGAUUGAGCGUGAAAGAGCGACCAGAAGAUUGAGGAGAGAAACAAGCAAGUUCCAGAGCUCUACGAGGAGCAGACGGCGGUGAUACGUUACGCUGUUUGGUGAACAGAAUCGAUUGCUGUGCUUUGAUCAUGCUGACUUGGGUUUCGCAAUAGUAUUGAAGACUAUCUUAUGUAUAUUGUAUUCACUAUUCCAUGUCUUGACCAGGCCACGCUCUCCUCUGGCGCCAGGUCUAAUUGCAAAGAAAAUGCCAAACCUUUGGUGUCGUGAUACUCAAAUCUCAAGUAGUAGGAUUUGCCUAUCUUUCUUCGUUCCUGUUCUUCUUGCUCGAUUGUGUUUGUGAUAUGAUUGAUAGUUAACCCGCCAUAAUUACCUUUAGAGCUAUUCUGGAACCGUUUAACUAUAACAACGUUAGCUAAGGCACGUACUGCCGCGACGCUUUUUCCCGGCCCGGUGACGCAUGAAUUUUGUAUCCACC